AUGGCUCCAGAAGUAAUUGCAUGUGAUGAGGACCCAAGAAGAACUUAUGACUUCAAGAGUGAUCUGUGGUCAUUAGGCAUUACUGCCAUUGAAAUGGCUGAAGGGAAACCACCACUGUGUGAGAUGCAUCCAAUGCGAGCACUUUUCCUCAUUCCUCGUAAUCCUGCCCCCAAGCUGAAAUCCAAGAAAUGGUCAAAAAAUUUCACAAAUUUUAUAGACUUAUCUUUGAUGAAAGACCACACAAAGCGACCAUCAACUGAUCAGCUGAUCAAACAUCCAUUUGUUAAGGACUUGCCAACAGAGAAGCAAGUACUUCGAGAAAUCAGGGAACAUAUCGACAAACAUGCCAGAACGAGAAGAGAUGAUGUGUCGAGUGAGUACAUGUUCGGGGAAGAAGAGGAGGAGGACACGAAAUAUGAUGACAAUUCCAUGGCAGCUCAGGGCGAUACAACACUGAGGAAAACUUUUCAGAAUAUUCAGAACAAUGAAAAGUCGAGACUGCCACAACAGAACUUAAUCAACAUGCCACAAGCCCAGCCAACCCAUGGCUACCAGCGAUAUUUAGCAGAGGAAUCCAGCAUAUCGUUUGGUAAUGACAUUGCUCCUGAUUAUCAAAUGGUUAUCUCUCGGUUUAACAGCUUCAGCACAGUUACAUUAGACGAUAUUAAAAACGUAAUUCAGUCGUCACCAACAAAAUCUUGUAGCCUGAAUCCAACACCAACGUUUAUUGUCACAAAAUUGUUGGGUACACUGCUGCCAUAUUAUGUUAACAUCAUCAAAUGCAUUCAAUCGUCGAUAAUACCAAAAUCACAAAAAAUUGGAAUUGUUUCGCCUCUGUUGAAAAAAUAUUGCAUUGCAAUCAAACAGAUGGCCUCUCCAGCCUCUCCUCAGUUUCAUCAAGCACACCACCAAUCACCUCAUCAGCCUCGCCGAAAUGUUGCAGGAGCAGAUGUUCACCCCCCAUCAUACUUCCCAAGAUCUGAUCAAGUCAGACAGAAGUUGGAGAGCCAGCAACUCCAUCCAAUGAAGCAUCCAGCAGGCACCCCGGACAACCUGGUUGAAGAUGAUUCAGAUGAAGAGGCAGCCCCUGAUGGUACCCUCGUUGUUUCAGGCCAUCCAAGACCUCUGCUAAUCCUCCUUCUGAUCCAGCCCCUCAAGUUCCACCUCGCCAGCCCAUACAAGACAAAAACCCAGCUACCUGACGUUGUAUCACCGCCUCGCGAUUCUCGAAUGAUUCGUGAAAACAACGAGCAAAUGAGGGCAUUGAAUUUGGAGGGCCCAAAAGCAGGUGUUGGGUCGAGUCCAUUCAUCCCAUUCGGGUUUGGUACAACUCCAGGCGAAGGUCACGGUGGGGCCAUCAGUAACUCACCAUCGAGCAAUGCCAUCGACCGCAGGGACUCGAGGAUCAAUGUCAAUGUGUCGUCCAAUGCACCAACCGAUUGCGAGCCACCAGAGAUCAGGAAAUACAAGAAGAAAUUCAACACCACCAUUUUGUGUGCAACGUUGUGGGGUGUGAAUUUAUUGGUGGGCACGGAGAAUGGAUUGAUGCUGUUGGACAGAAGUGGUGCUGGAAAAGUUUAUCCGCUGAUCAAUAGGAGACGAUUUUUUCAAAUGGAAUUGAUAGAAAAAUGCUGCAUUUUGGUUACGAAUUCCGGGAAAAAAAAUAAGAUAAGAAUCUACAACAUGAACUAUUUAAAGAACAAGAUUCUAAGGAGUGAUGAUAAUGAUAAACAGGGAGGUUGGGUGACAGUUGGAGAAAUUGAAAACUGUAUACACUUCAAGAUCGUACACUACGAGCGAAUUUGGUUUCUGGUGAUGGGACUGAAGGACAGGAUCGAGAUAUAUGCAUGGGCACCGAAGCCUUAUUGCAAGUUCAUGCUUUUCAAAAUGUUUACCAACAUUCCCGAUCGACCGAUCAUGGUGGAUCUUAUAGUAGAAGAUGGACAGAAGAUCAAAAUCCUUUAUGCCUCCAGCAGAGGCUUUCACGGGAUUGACCUUGACACAUCUGCAGUGUUCGACCUCUACAUACCUGCUCACUUGAACUUUGUUGCAAUGAUUCCACAAGCAAUCGUUCUUCUGCCUAAUUCAAAUGGUUCACAGCUGCUACUCUGCUAUAACAAUGAAGGUGUGUAUGUAGACCCGAAUGGCAAGCCGACGAAGAACAUGGUCCUGCAGUGGGGCGAAGAACCGACAUCUGUUGCCUACAUAGGUACCGGCCAAAUAAUGGGUUGGGGCAACAAGGCAAUUGAGAUCAGGUCAGCAGAGACGGGUCACUUGGAUGGAGUCUUCAUGCACAAGAAAGAACAGAAACUCAAAUAUCUUUGUGAGAGAAAUGAUAAAGUCUUUUUCUCUUCAGAUAAAACUGGAUCAUCUCAAAUCUAUUUCAUGUCGCUAAACAGACCUGGACUCUCUUCGAGGAACUGGUGAUUGGUGGGAGAAUUGUAAUAAUGGUAUCAAAAGCACAUAAAUUAUUAUUCAAAAUUGUAACAUUUUUCUGUAUGGAUGCUAGUCAUACGAAGGAUGGAUGAUCUUUAGCAAUGCAUGUUCCAUAUUGUUCAUCAUGCAACUAGUUUAUGGUUUACAUGCUUCUUAUUAAUCUUACAAAUUUAUAUUGCAAACAGUUCUCUGUAAUUUCGUAUAUAAGAUACUGAUACGUUUUGCAUACUCUUUAAUCAUUCUGACUUUUUUCAUUCAUACAUGCACUGACAUAUCACCAUUCGGACAAAUAAGAGCAGCUAUAAACAUUAAAAUGUAAUUGAACGCGUUUCUCGGCAGUUGGAAUGGUUGUAGAACUAUUUUUUCAUAAAAGCCUAAAUUUGUAUUGAACGACGUUCGUACUCUCAAACGCAUGUUUCCUCGUAUCAAUCAGUGUUCACGAGGACUUUCUUGCUAUCUACAGCACAUUUCAUUAUUUUUUUUGCGUGAAAUUAUAAAUGUUCAUGUGGACGAAACUUAUUGAUCCACAACUUAGUUCUGUCCUUGUUUUGCCAUGAUUUCAAAUAUUAUGUAUGCACAUAGAAUACGUACGUGCAUACACACACAUACAUUCAUUCAUUCAUACAUAUUAUACAUACAUUCAUUCGUACAUACAUGCAUAUUAUAAUGUGCACAAAUGUGUGUUUGCAUGUUUGAGCGCGCGCGUUUUAUUUAUACCUGCGCGUAGAAUUUUUUUAUAUUAUAAUAUGCAAAGAGAGAAAAAUUUAGUCUAACCUGAAAUACUCAUGCGACAUUGUGGAGGCAUUGAAUUCAGUUUGGACUUUAAUUCUAUCUAACAGAAAAUUUCGUAUACCAGAGUCUUCUUAAAUUGAAA